AUGUCCAUUUGGCAGUGUCAGGCCAAGGGCAUCUGGGGUCCAUUUGAUCCUGAGUGCCCUGCCGACUUUACGCCGUGUUUUGAGGACACUUUCAUCAGGCUGAUCCCUGCAGCUUUCCUUGUCCUUGCUGGUAUCCCCCGCCUUGUCCGCCUUGCCAAGCAAGAGUCCAUCCGAAUCGUCGCCCUCAUCGCCAUCUCAACCGUCAGUCUGGUCCUCGACCGUAUUGGCAACAAGCACGGCUUCUUCCAUGGCAUCGGCCUCGAAUUUCUCGCCGCCAUAGGAGAGAUUGCCACCCUGAUCCUGGCCUUUGGUCUGACCGUGGUCGAAAACAAAAAGAACUACCUCUCUUCCAAUGUCCUGCUCGUCUAUUGGUUGCUCGUCAUCCUCAGCUCCGCCGUCAAACUCCGUACCCUGACCCUUGGUUGCCCUCUGAGCAUUCUCAAUGAGAAAAAGGAUCUCCAGGUUACUGUUGGACUCCUUGCCGGCAAGAUCGCAGAUGCCCUUUUGGUCUUUGUUUUGGAAUGCUUCCGCAAGGACGCUGGUGUUCAACUCGGAGAUGACAGUUUCGAAAAAUGCCCAGAGGAUGAUGCCAACAUCUUCUCCAUCGCUUCCUUCCACUGGGUAACACCUUUGAUGCGCAAGGGCUAUGCCAAACCUCUCACUAUGGGCGACCUCUGGGGAUUGAGAAAGGAGGACCAGUCCAAGAACGUGUCCAACACGUUUGCUUCUGCGUGGGAAAAAGAGCUCAAGAAGAAACACCCCAGUUUGUUGAGGGCACUCGCGACGGCAUUCGGAAAGCCAUUUUACAUUGCAGGUGUCUGGAAGAUGGCGAACGACAUUUUGGGAUUUAUGCAGCCCGUGCUUUUGCGCGAAAUGUUGCGCUUUGUUAUGAGCUACAAAACCGACGACCCUCAACCACUCUAUCGUGGGUACACUAUCGCCGUCUUGAUGUUCAUCUGCAGUUUGUCCCAGACAACUGUCCUUCACCAGUACUUCCACUUGUGCUUCAGAACCGGCAUGCAUAUCCGCGCUGGACUGGUCACUGCUAUUUAUCAAAAGUCUCUGCGCUUGUCCAACUCUGCUCGUCAGGAGUUCACUGUCGGCGAGAUUGUGAACCACAUGUCGAUUGAUGCUCAACGUGUUCAGGAUCUUGUCAGCUACUUGCACGUCGUCUGGAGUGGACUCUUCCAGAUCGGUAUUGCCCUGUAUCUGCUCUACGACACCAUGAGCUGGGCCAUCUUUGCAGGAGUCGCCAUCAUGAUCUUGACCAUCCCCCUCAACGCUCGUCUGUCGGUCUUCAUGAAGAACUUCCAGCAGCAGCAGAUGAAGAACAAGGACACUAGGAUCAAACUGAUGAACGAAAUCCUCAACGGUAUCCGUGUUAUCAAGCUGUACGCCUGGGAAGGCACGUUCUUGCAGAAGGUGUUGACUGUUAGGAACGACCAUGAGCUGGCGACCAUGAAGAAAAUCGGUUACCUUUCUGCCGUCCAGAGUUUCACCUGGGCCUGCACUCCCUUCCUGGUAUCUUUGGCAACUUUCACUGUCUACGCUUUAGUCCUCAAGAAGCCCAUGACUACCGACAUUGUUUUCCCUUCGAUCGCUCUCUUCAACUUGCUUCAGUUCCCUCUCGCCAUGUUCCCCAGCGUCAUCAGUUCGUCAAUUGAGGCUUAUGUAGCGUUGGGCCGUGUCUACAAGUUCUUGACUAGUGCUGAGGUUGACCCCAACGCCAUCAUUGUGGAGGAUCGUCGCCGUUCGGGCUCCAACCAGGAUGCCUCGGACAAGUACUCGCUUUUGAUCACGGACGCAUCCUACAGCUGGUACAAGAACUCUGAUCCCGUCAUCUCAAACAUCAACAUCGCCAUCAAGAAGGACUGCCUCCUUAGUGUCAUUGGUCGCGUUGGUUCAGGAAAGAGUUCGCUUAUUGCUGCUCUCUGCGGUGAUUUGGAGCGUGUCUCUGGAGAGGUUCGCAUUCGUGGAUCGGUCGCCUUUGUCCCCCAGCAAGCAUGGAUCAUGAACGAUACUCUUCGCGCCAAUAUUCUGUUCGGAAACCGUUACGACCCACAGUACUACCAAAAGACUAUCGAGGCUUGCUGUCUUCAGCAGGACUUUGACAUGUUGCUUGGAGGCGAUAUGACCGAGAUCGGCGAGCGCGGUAUCAACUUGUCUGGUGGCCAGAAGGCCAGAAUCUCGUUGGCUCGUGCUGUCUAUGCCCGUGCGGAUAUCUACCUGUUUGACGACCCUCUCUCGGCUGUGGAUGCUCAUGUCGGUAGGACUAUCUUUGACAAAGUUGUUGGACCCAAGGGUAUGUUGGCUGGCAAGACUCGUGUCUUUGUCACCCACCAGAUCCAGUACCUGUCCCAGUCGCCCCAGAUCAUGAUGCUUCGCGAGGGCAAGGUUGUCGAGCAAGGAAAUUUCCAGGAACUGAUGGCAAAGAAGGCCGAGGUCUACCAGCUGGUGAGCGAGUUUGGACGCGACCCCACCCAGGGUGCUGCGGCUACCUUAGAUGACGACUCAGAGUCUUUGGUUGAACAGGAAGUUCAUUUGGAUGAGGAUGUGGUCGAGAGGGACGCCUUCCCUGCGGAGGAAACCCCUUUGUUGUCAAGCACUCCUCGCUCGGCUCGUCGUGACAGUAUUCGUAGCACGACUAGCGUUCGUACUCUCCGUCGCCCUUCUGUUGCCUCUGCCAUCAGUCGUACCACCGCCAAGGCUCCUGAACCCAAGAACAGUGCCCUCAUGUCAGAGGAACAGAUGAAGCAGGGAAGCGUCAGUAGGAGUGUCUACCUCGCCUACGCCAAGGCCUGCUCGUACUCUGCCGUCAUUGCCUACCUCCUCUCGAUGGUUCUCUCCCAGUCCGCCUCGAUUUCGACCUCUCUCUGGCUUACUCACUGGAGCAGUGACAACGACUCUGGAAAUGACGCCCGCAGCCCCAUGUACUACAUCGGUGUCUAUGCGCUCCUCGGUUUCUCAUAUUCUCUCCUGACCGUCUUCCAGUCUAUUAUCCUUCAAGUCUACUGCGGUAUCCGUUCGGCUCGCGUUCUUCACCAGGAUAUGUUGCAUAGCGUUCUCCGAUCGCCCAUGAGCUUCUUUGACACCACCCCUAUGGGCCGUAUCCUGAACCGUUUCAGCAAGGAUCAGUCAACCAUUGACGAGGUUCUCCCAAGGUCCUUCUCUGGCUACUCGCGCACGCUCUUCCAGGUCAUUUCGGUCUUGGUUGUCGUGACCAUGUCGACCCCCAGUUUCAUCAUCAUCAUCUUGCCCUUCAGCUUUGUGUACCUCUGGUUGCAGAGGUACUUCUUGUCAACCUCUCGAGAGAUCCGCCGUCUGGACUCUGUCUCCCGUUCACCCGUCUUUGCUCACUUCCAAGAGACCUUGGGCGGUAUCAGCACCAUCCGCGCGUACCGUCAGCAGAAGCGUUUCAUUGACGGCAACGAAGAUCGCUUGGAUCAGAACCUCCGCGCGUUCUACCCCGGUAUUGCUGGAAACCGUUGGUUGGCCUUCCGUCUGGAGUGUCUUAGUUCUAUCAUUAUCUUUGGAUCUGCCUUCCUGUCGGUCAUCUCAUUGGCAAGACAUAUUGCCGUCGACCCUGGUCUGGUUGGUCUGUCACUGUCGUAUGCCCUCAGCAUUACCCAGACCUUGAACUGGAUGGUCCGUCAGUACACCGAGAUCGAGUCCAACAUUGUGUCCGUCGAGCGUCUGAAGGAGUAUGUCGAGCUCACGCCUGAGGCCCCCAACACGAUUCCAGAUCACCGCCCUCCCCAGGAGUGGCCCGCUGAGGGUCGUGUUGACUUUGUCAACUACGAGACUCGUUACCGCCCUGGUUUGGAGCUGGUCCUCCGCGGCGUCAACUGCUCAAUUCGUUCGCAUGAGAAGAUUGGUAUCUGUGGACGCACCGGUGCCGGCAAGUCCUCGUUGACGUUGUCCCUCUUCCGUAUCAUUGAGUCGGUCAAGGGACAGAUCUUUGUUGACGGUAUCGACAUCUCGACGUUGGGACUUUACGAUGUCCGCUCGCGGUUCUCGAUUAUCCCCCAGGAUCCCGUGUUGUUUGCAGGCACCAUUCGCUUCAACUUGGAUCCUUCUGGAACGAAAUCAGAUCUGGAGCUCUGGCAGGCCCUCGAGGACUCGUACCUCAAGGACUAUGUCUCGACGCUCGAUGGAGGACUCAAUGCGGUAGUGUUGGAGCAAGGAGACAACUUCUCGGUCGGUCAGCGCCAGUUGAUUUGUUUGGCGCGUGCGUUGCUCCGCAAGACAUCAUUGUUGGUCUUGGACGAGGCCACAGCCGCGAUUGAUCUGGAGACGGACGCGUUGGUUCAGGCGAUUAUUCGUCAAAAGUUUGCCGACUGCACGAUCUUGACGAUCGCCCAUAGAAUCAACACGGUGAUGGAUAGCGACCGGAUUAUGGUGCUGGACCAGGGACGCGUGGCCGAGUUUGAUUCUCCGGCCAACUUGCUUGCAGACCCAACAUCCAUCUUUUAUUCACUCGCCAAGGAGUCUGGCAACCUUUAA